CCGCGCAGUGUCUUAGGGAUAGUAAACGUUAAUAUUAAUAGUUGUUUAGUUUUCAGAUAGUUUAUUAUUACAAUAUGGAUUUGGAGUCCCUUAAAUAUGCGGAAUUGCAGCGCCUCGCGAAGGAAGUUGGUCUGAAAGCGAAUAUGAAGGCUGAUAAGCUGUUGAAGGCUUUAAAACAUCACUUUUCACAACAGCAUACAUCUGAGAAUGGAAAUUAUGCAGCCACUGCGGACGCGCACGACUCCGUCUCGCCCGUGGACGCGCAGGAUGCUCCUCACACUGCAAACUUUGUGACCGACCGCCGAGGGAAAGGCCGCACUGCCAAGAGAAAGCUCAGUGAACCCGCACCAGUCAUUACUCAGAUUGAGGAGAAGCCGGCAGAGUCGGAGGAAAGCCGAAGGGGCUCCAAGAGGAGGAAGGUGUCCUCAACCAAGGACACACAGACUCCAGUUCCACCCGAAAUGUCUACUACAGAGGAUACUUUGGAGAAAGGGCUAGAAUCUGGUGAAACAAAUAAAGACUCUAAAGAUGCUCAUGUAGAGCCAAGUGAGAAAGGUACGGGAAGAAGGACAGUAGGUAAAAUCCCCCGUCAUGAAGGUUUGAUGAAGAGGAAACCUGCUCUGUGGCCGACAACUCCAAACUUCAAAAAACUGCAUGAGGCUCACUUCAAAAAGAUGGAGUCCAUCGAUUCUUAUGUUCAGAGAAAGAACAAGCAAAUUGAGGUGAUCAGGACUUCUGUCAUGGAACUGAAGAAGGCACCUGCAAGCCAAGCAUCAUUCUUUAGUCCUGGAGUGCAGGAGAAGAAACCAGUUCCUGAAAGACGAAGGGUCACUCAGCAGUCUGCCAGCAAGCCUGCUUUGAAGGACAGCUCCACCUUCAGGCCAACCAUCCUUACCAACAGUAAAAUCAAUGUCCGGUUCUCGCAGGCCACUCAGGAUAAUGAACACAAGCAUUCCCUGGUAAAGACUCCAGCUCGUAUGUCUCCUCACAUCCCCCUCACUUCCACUCCAGGGAGAAAAUCUGACAUUUACAGCAAACCAGAGCUUAAUAAAACUAUCAGCACAGUCAAUAAAACACCUGGAGUAACUCCAUACGUUUUUAGUGGGAACAACAGCAUGUCAGCCACACCUGGCACCACCAAGAAGAACACAUUUGAUCUGAAGGCCAGUCUCUCUCGCCCAUUGAGCUACAAACCGCACAAGGGAAAACUGAAGCCUUUCGGAGCUGCACAGGAGAAUACGGCACUUAAUAAAUCUCAGACGAUUCCUUCUCACCAGAAAAACUAUAAAGAGCACCAAGUUCAAACAAGAGAGGAACGACGUGCCAAACACACAGAUUACCGAAAACAGAAGAAGGAGAAUAUGUUGGGUGCCAGACGAGGCUUGGUUCUGGCUUAACUCCCGUGUUUUAUUUCUGUCUCAUUAUUGUCUCAGACACUCACUGUAAGUGUUUAGUUUUCGUCUUAUUUGUCUGUUAAAUUCCAAACAUUUGUACAUUUCUACUCUUCUGCGAAUGUCUGUUUUUUGCUGUUUGCUAGGUAAGACUUCAUGAGUCAUCCAACAAGUUUUCUUUCAUUUAUAAAUAAGAUUUUGUUUUUAUACUUUCUAAGCAUUGUUCUUGAUUUAUGUAUGAAGAAGAGCAAGUAUGUCUGCUGAUAACAAGUACUUCAUACAUAUGAUUUAUUAUGUAGUUGGCUUAAAUCUAUUGUAAAGUAAAAACUGUAAAGCCACUUUUUGGCACAGUAACACAAAAUGUUUAAUUGAUCUUACAGCAAUAAUUUUGUACAUAUGUGUCUUUUAUGUGGUUAUUUUAUGUGU